AUGACUUGCCUUUUUUUUUUUUUUUUUUUUUUUUUUCUGGAAAAUGCCUUAGCCAGAGAGGCCAGGAUUUGGAAAGUGCCAGUUUUCCAGAACCUCACCGUGAAGGCCCAAUUAAAAUAUCUGCAGUGCAUUGCAAUUUCCUGCCUUGUCCUUGCAGCAAAAACCAAUGAAGAUGAGGUAAUACCAUCAGUGCAGACGCUAGCGGUGCGGAGCAGAUGUAAACACUCUCCAGCCGAGUUCUUGAGAAUGGAAAGAAUUCUACUGGAUAAGCUUCACUGGGAUCUUUACACAGAAACACCAAUGGAUUUCUUAAACAUUUUCCAUGCCAUGGUGAUGUCCAGCUGGCCCCAUCUCCCACCCAGACUGCCUCAGAGGAAUCCUUCCCUCCACGUUGCACUCUUGACCAAGCAGCUGCAGCACUGUAUGGCCUGCCACCAACUUGUGCAGUUUAAGGGCUCCACGUGGGCUUUGGUGAUCAUCACCUUGGAGCUGGAGAGGCAGACUCCUGGUUGGCUUCCUGUUAUUACUGAUCUGCUAAAAAAAGCACAGCUGUGA